CUUGGCAAAACGAACUAGUAGACUGAUCGAGAUUUUAGAGAAUAGAUUCAAUAGAAGCUAAGAAGUUUAGAAUUUUCAACAAAGUCAACACAUUUGUUAUUUAACUUCAAGAUUUUGGAAGUGGGACCAACAGAAUCCAGUUAUUGUUUUAUUUAUCUGAUUCCGAUUUUUGUGACAAAUACUGCUGGUUUUGGAGUACCAGCAGCUUCUUCAUUCAAGAAGACUUAGAAGACCUCCUUUUUAGGAAUGGAACGCGUUCCUAUUGUCAGCUGUUUAUUGCGCGCACUGUCAAUUGGACUUGUGCACUUGCUUUCUUUGCAAGCUCGAUUUGCCUAAAUAAACUACAUUAGUAUUUUCUGGAGACAGUACAGCGAUAUCCUGAUAUUUUCCUUUUUUUCCGACUUACGGUUACAAAAAUGUAAAUUAGUAAAUACUUAAUCUGUUCAGUGGCUGUUUCCUUGGUGUUGUGGAUUUUCCGCAUCACACCUGGCGAAAUGCUCGUCCUCCGGAGUUUUGGAGAUCCGCGCUAAUAUGCAUGAUUGGCGCUAAACUCUGAGUUGCCAGUGCAGGGUGGAAGUUUUACGGUAUUUAUAUGACGUUAAAUUGAUGUAGCGAAUAUUUGACAUUUUCGUGAAUCCCCAUGGCCCAUAUCACCGGCAACAUGGCAGAUAGCGAUACCGACCGUCAGAAGGCCACGCGAUACAUUCCACUGGGCGACUUCUUCGGUUUCGUCGGCAAGACACCAUCUGCCGAAGAAAAAGAAAGGCUCAGGAAAAUCGUUAGAGUCCAUGUGAUAUUGACCAGCAAGAUAACGGGGAUUGACAGUGAGACGAGCCGGUCACCGUAUCCAAAUCAGCUAGCCGGCUCUGUUAUUGACCAGUCGAUUGCCGCCGCUUCCAAUAAUGCGGUCCACUCUGAUCGAAUCUCACACAGCCCCGAGGAUUCAGUCCAUGACACCAAUGAGCUAGCGCUGGACGCAGCGGACCCCACGCCGGCAUUCUCUCCUGGACCAAUCUCUGUUGAACGCUCACCUGCUGCCGAAACAAGAGCCGACGCGGAAGUUGUGGAGGCCAGUAUUGACUCUUCCUGCUAUGACCCGGAAGGCUUUGUCCUUCCCUUUGCUUCCUGUGUGUUGUCUGUUAGUGACGGCACUCGCAUGAAGAAUCAUGUACAGUAUCCAGAUGGAAGGUUUAUGGGUACGUCGUCGUUGCGGAAGGCGAAGUCACGCUGGAUGCAGCGUUUUGAUAAUGAAUACAACAUGGUGAUGUUUGGAGAAGUUCCUAACGGUUCUGCAUCCUUCACUGGAGAAGAUGAUGCAGACAUGCUGAGUUCUGGAGAUCACAGUUAUUCGACACAGGAUGCUGAGCCCAGUUCUCGUGUUGCUCAAGAAACGGCGGGCUCAACUACAGAGGCAUCAGUCAGCGUAGAUGGUGCAGACUUGUUCCGCUACGGCGAACAUAAUUACGCUAGACAGGCGGAAGAGGGUGCUGAAUCCAGCACCUCAACUGUUAAAAAAAGGGCGGCCUCGAAUGAAAGCAAGAAAAAUUUGACAGAUACUGAUAUGUGUGAUCUCUUGUCUUCCCCACCGAUUGUUGCCAGUCCAGUUCCGAAAGUGAUUAUCCAUACUGCGCUUAAUUCCUAUAGCCGCAGCGGGAAAAGUCUAGCGCUGUCGUCAAAGUUUGCGAAGAAGCUCAGUAAAAGUAGUGUAGGAAUGGAGCUGGAGAAAGAAGGAUCGGAUAAGAAAAGAACCGCAAAAAAAGCCAGACGACGAUUGAAGCCUGAACAUGACGAUUCUUGCAGUGAUGAGGCAACGAAUACAGGCGGAACGGUUAGGGAUUUACGCGCUUUGGCUUAUUCCCUGCGGAGCAAGCCCCGCCAAGUGCAGUAUCACUUCGACGAGGACGCGGAGGAUGACAGUGACAGCAGUGAGAGUGCUCCCAAGGCGAAGAAAAGAAAGACCGUCCAUGCCCGCAAGAACCGAAACUCCACCGGCUCGGGAUCGGAUUUCUUAUCGACGGAGGACGAAGGGGCAGCAGAACAGAGGCCGGCUGUGAUUGCUCCUGAUGGGUCGGCGAAAUGGUGGGUUGAGAAGAUUCUCGGGCGACGAGUCAAUGAGCACGGUGGCGUUGAAUAUUUUGUGCAAUGGAUGGGAUAUGGGCCGAAUUAUAAUUCCUGGGAACCCGCGGAAGGUUGUGAGUGCGAGACUCUGAUUGACGCAUACAACCGGGAACAUGGAUUAGAGGACUGAAAGGGUUACAUCCUGUCAUGAAAAUAUCGGAAUUGUUUUCUAGCAUUUUGUUCAUUGUUUUAUAGUGAUCUGGUGAAUGCAUUUGUUUUUUGGAGACUGAAGAUGCCUUACGUUGUUGUUUUGUUGUCGUUAAAUCCUUACUGUAAAGAGAUUAUUGUUGAAAUUUGAGUUUUUGUUCCUUUCUUGGGAGAUUUGUGAUGGAUUAUAUUUCCUGAAUGCAGCAACAGUUUUGAUGCAAAUUUCUAAACGUACCGGGACUGCCGGCAGAUGGAGUUUUUUGGAUUUGCAAUAAAAGUGCGGUUGGAUGG